AUGAACAAGCAGAAGGCUAAGCUACCACUGUACGUGGUCAAAGGGGCUUCACCCCCACUCUUUGGUCGGGAAUGGCUGCGCAAAAUACAGAUUGACUGGCGGGAGAUUAAGACGGUUCGGGAGGAGACACUAGAAGUAGUGCUACAGAGGCAUAAUGAAGUCUUUAAAAAGGAGCUGGGCACACUGAAAGGUAUCAAAGUCUCCAUAGCUCUGAAACCGCAACAUCAACCACGGUUUUGCCAGGCAAGAGUCGUUCCCUAUGCUCUUAGACCAAAAGUUGAAGCUGAGAUUGACCGACUGAGCGAACAGGGCAUCAUAUCGCCUGUCAAGUUCAGCGACUGGGCAACACCCAUUGUCCCGGUUGUGAAGAAAAAUGGAGAUGUUAGGAUUUGCGGUGAUUUUAAAGUGACAAUCAACCCCGCUCUGCAGGUAGAGAAAUAUCCAAUUCCACGAAUUGAAGAUUUAUUCGCAUCACUGUCAGGGGGACAGCAUUUCAGUAAGCUGGACUUGUCUCAUGCGUAUCUGCAAAUGCCUGUUGAAGAAAAAUCUCGCAAAUAUCUCACCAUAACAACGUCAAAGGGACUGUUCUGUUACAACAGACUUGCUUUUGGAAUCACGUCAGCCCCCGCCAUUUUUCAACGGGCCAUGGACCAGGUCCUCCAGGGUCUUCCGAACGUCCACUGCUAUUUGGACGACAUUUUGGUGACUGGCCAAGACCGCCUGCAGCACCUGAAGAACUUGGACGCUGUCCUGGGACGCCUUGAAGAAUUCGGCUUGCGUGUACAAAAAGACAAAUGUGAAUUUUUCAAGGAUUCACUGGAAUAUUUGGGCCAUGUUAUCGAUGCCCAUGGCCUGCACAAGUCACCGGAGAAAGUUAGGGCGAUUGUGGAAGCUCCUGCACCAACAAAUGUGAGUCAGCUUCGAUCAUUUUUAGGCAAAGCUAUACCAUCUAUGGCAGCCGCCAGAAUGCAGCGGUGGGCUCUCCUGCUGGCUGCUCAUGAUUAUGUCAUCCAAUACAGAGAAGCAGCACGUCACGGCAAUGCUGAUGGGCUGUCCCGCCUGCCACUUGCCACAUCAGCUAAGGAGAGAAUCAACACUGUGGACAGUUUUCACAUUAAACACCUGGAAACCUUACCUGUGAGCUGCAAAGAGAUCUGCAAGGAAACCAGGACCGAUCCGGUUCUCGCUCAGGUACUGGAAAUGGUCUCUACAGGUCGCUUCCCGAGAGUCCAGCAUGUGGACAGCACACUGGCACCAUUCAUCAGCAGGAAGGAUGAACUAACUGUUCAGCAACAGUGCCUCAUGUGGGGUAUCCGUGUAGUCAUCCCUCCUAAACUGAGACCCAGAGUACUGUCCGAGCUACACACUGGACACCCUGGUGUUGUUAAAAUGAAAGCUGUCGCCCGAAGUUACAUGUGGUGGCCAGGAAUUGACGCCCAGAUCGAACAAGUGUCGAAGACCUGCCAAUCCUGUCAACUCACACAGACAGCACCUGGACCAUCACCUCUCCAUCCUUGGGCAUGGCCGGGAGCUCCAUGGCAGAGGAUCCAUGUCGAUUUUGCCGGUCCUUUCCAAGGCCAUAUGUUCAUGGUGGUCGUGGAUGCCCAUUCCAAGUGGCCUGAAGUGCACCUGAUGAGUUCCACCACGGCUUCCAAGACCAUACAGGUACUGAGAAGGCUAUUCAGUCGUUACGGCCUUCCUGAGGUCUUAGUGAGCGAUAAUGGUCCCCAGUUCACUUCAAGCGAAUUCGACACAUUCAUGAAGAGCAACGGAGUUAAGCACAUUCGCUCUGCACCAUUCCACCCAGCCACAAAUGGCCUUGCGGAACGUUUUGUGCAAACAUUCAAGCAUUCACUGAAGCGCUCCUCAGGAACAGUCUCAAUCCAACACCGACUGGAUGCAUUCUUGCUAAUGUAUCGCAACACUCCGCACUCCACCACAAAGGAAUCGCCAUCCAUGCUUUUCAUGCAUCGCAAGCUGCGAUCUCGACUCGACCUGCUGAAGCCUAGCGUUGCAGCUGAAGUGGAGAAAGCACAAGAGGAGCAGUGUGCUCGUAGACAGACGCAUGCUAAAGCCAGAUCAUUCAAAGUGGGUGACACAGUCCUAGUUCGUGAUUAUGGGAGAGGAGAGAAGUGGACACCGGGCGUAGUUUCAGCCGAAACUGGUCCUGUGUCAUACAAAGUCAACGUCGGAUCAUCGGAACACUGGAGAAGACAUGCUGACCAGAUCCUGACUCGACAUGCAGAGCUGGACGUUCCAGAGUCUUCAGAGUCUUCUCAUGCUCCAGCAGAUCUGCCUGUGUUGGAGAACACAGUUCCUGAACCAGCUGUUCCGGCUCCUGAUCCAGUGAGUGUGCCGUCAUCCCCGGUAACAUCAGAGGUAGUCAACGCACCACAUCAAGAGACUGAUUUUGUCCCGAAAUUGCACAGCGUCUACUCUAAUAGCUCCUGUGUCCUCAUACUUUGA